AUGAAAAACCAACUGUGUAUUUUUGACUCUUGGAUUACUAAAAACUGGCCAGCAUGUUUUUCAUGGCGUUCCUCUGAUGGACUGAUUGACUUAAAAAAAAUAUUCGAAAAUGUUCCAGGGAGUCAUGGAACGUGGACACCUUUACACGUUGAUGUGUACCGUUCUUUCAGUUGGUCUGCCAAUAUACUUGGCCGCAAGCGUUGGUGGAUUUUUCCUCCUGGUGAAGAAAGAAAGCUCCUAUCAUCCAACGGACAAAUUCCUUUUGAUAUACGCUCUAUUAUAAAAGACAGGACAGAUGUGAAGUAUUAUUUAGUCGACCAAUAUUCUGGACAAGUAGUUUUCGUACCUUCUGGAUGGUAUCAUCAGGUUGUAAAUAUGACUGAUUGUAUAUCUAUAAACCAUAAUUGGUUCAAUGCUACAAAUGUAAGUCAUGUUUGGGAUCAUUUACAAGAUCAGUUGAAAGCUGUUGAAGUGUCAACUAAAGACGUGUCUUCUAUUCCUGGAUGGCAUGAAGAGUGUCAGACUUGUCUACGAGCAUACGCAGGAAUAAAUUUCGAAGAGUUCUUUUCAAUAUUGAAGUAUAUUUUAAUAACUCGUUGGCCAAGAAGUAGUUCUAAUGAUGACGAUGGUGUUAGUUCAUUUCUGAAAAAGUGCAAAUCCAUGCAGUAUACAUCAUUGGACGUGCUCAAUAAUGUUAUGGAUUAUGAACUAACUAGUUUGAUUGAAACAAAGUUAGAAAUAUUUCAAACUGCUUUAAAAAAUCCUCUCCUUUGGAGGAAGUAUUAUACAACAGGCGUUAAGACAUCUACUUGGAUACGUAUGCAUGAUUUUUGUAUGGUAAUACAAGUUAUCAAGGAAUUUGUUCAUCAUGAAACUGUUAAUACUCUACAUCUUUGUAAUGGUGUUUUACAAUCAUUUUGGAGUAGUCUUUAA